AUGGCGGAAUUCCCCUGUUUUCUCUGGUCCUAAAGUUGCAGAGCUGCUUCCCUCUCUUUUUCCAAAAGAAACAAAAAGAAAUUUCAGAGAAAGAAAAAGGGAAAAGAAAGCAACCCACAAGGAGGGAAUAGCAAUUCAAAAAUCCUUUAACUCUCUUCUUCUUCUUCUUCAAAAUUCAAAUUUAUUAACCAAACCAGAGCUUCCAAUGGAGAAAUUCUCCAUCUCCGACCAAAAAUUUCACCUGGGUUUCUGCCCUUCCUCCUCUUCCAUGGAUCUAAAUGACCCAUCCACCGUUUCUGAAACUUCCGGCCAAUCUCCGCCCAGCCUCGCCUACUCUUUCUCUUACUGCAGAACCAGCUCCGACGCCUCUGCCUUCUCCGACCCCACCACCGACGAUACCAGUUUCUGCACUGAGCCCUCUCCAGCGAUUCCCACCAGAAAAUAUAAACUCAACGCCGGAGAUAAAGCCGACGAUCAAGACGCCAUGGAUUCCGAAACAGAGAUGAUGAAGGAGAGAUUUGCGAAGCUUUUGCUCGGAGAAGACAUGUCCGGAAGUGGGAAAGGGGUUUGCACGGCGGUUACAAUCUCAAACGCCAUUACUAAUCUCUAUGCGACUGUGUUCGGACAGAAUCUGAAACUGGAGCCGUUGCCGGCGGAGAAGAAGGCGAUGUGGAAGAGAGAAAUGGCUUGUCUGUUAUCUGUUUGUGAUUACAUUCUUGAGUUCUUCACUGAAUCUCAAACCUUGGACGAUGGAACAACAAUGGAGGUUUUGAACAGCCGACAAAGGUCAGAUAUAUACCUAAACCUUCCAGCAUUGGAAAAGCUUGACAUGAUGCUCUUGGUAAAUAUUAUUAAUAACUUUGUAAUUGAACUUCGGUUGAAUAUUUUGAGAGUGAUCCAUCAAUCUUGUUUGGUUUUGGGUUGGCAGGAUAUUUUGGAUAGUUUUCACGACACGGAGUUUUGGUAUGCUGAAAAAGGAAGUAUGUCGUCGAACUCGAACUCGAAUCGUUCGAAAUCGGCUUCGUUUCGCCGACUUUCGCUGCAGAAAGAAGAGAAAUGGUGGUUACCAGUUCCUUGCCUUCCUUCAUGUGGUCUAUCAGAGAAAGCACGAAAACAACUAAGAAAUAAUCGUGAAUUUGCGAAUCAAAUCCAUAAAGCUGCUAUGGCUAUUAACAGUACUAUUCUUGCUGAAAUGGAUAUACCUGAGUCAUACAUCGACACUCUUCCAAAGAGUGGAAAAACGAGUAUAGGCGAUACGAUGUACCGUUAUAUGUACAGUGCUGACAAAUUCUCGCCCGAUCAUUUGCUCGAUUGCUUGAACAUAGGAUCUGAACACGAUGCGCUCGAACUUGCAGACCGGAUUGAGGCUUCGAUGUAUACAUGGAGAAGGAAAGCAUGUCUAAGCCACUCAAAAUCAUCGUGGGAAUUGGUAAAAGAUCUAAUGGCUGAAGGUGAUAAAGGUGACAAGAACACUAUCUUAGCUGAAAGAGCCGAGAGCUUGCUUUUGUCCUUGAAACAACGGUUCCCUGAACUUUCUCAAACAACCUUAGACACUAGUAAGAUUCAAUACAACAGGGACGUGGGACAAGCAGUGUUGGAGAGUUAUUCGAGGGUGUUGGAAGGACUGGCAUUUAACGUUGUGGCAUGGAUUGAAGAUGUUCUUUUUGCUGAUAGGUCCCUAUGAAACCAAGAGUAGGAUCUCCUCUCUUACCAAGAAAAGGAAAUGUUUAGUUGUUUGUUUAUGUUGUACGGUCACAAUUUGUAUAAAAACUAUGUUGUUAGGUUGGGACAAAGGGUUCCUCCCUAUUUGUAGAAUGUAUUUAUCUUUUAGGU